CUGCAUCCUGGGGUCCUGGUCAUGAUUUAUAAUAUACAACGCUGGACCUCCCCUGGUUGCUUCCUUCUUCCCUUCCGGUUUCUUCUGUCCUGUAGACUCCUUCGCCUGCUCUCUAUUCUUAAAUCCCCAAAGGAACAUAGCCGUCUCUUCAUCCCCGCCAUUCCUAUCUAAAACGGUUGCAUCUUUUCUCCUCGGGUUACCUAGAAAUUAUAACCUCGUGUUCGACGGGUGCUGUCCACCAAGGUUCACUCUCUUUCUCCAACCCGCCUGGUUCCGGUGCUGGCUUCAUGCUCAGUUGUCUGCUUGCCAUCGUGAUUCGCCUCUAGAGCCACGGUGCCUCUUUGAUCUGCUUGCCCUUUGCAGAUUGCUAAUCUUUUUAGUCUUCCGCUAUUAUCCUUCAUCAAGUUCUAUUUCAUUUUUUUAAUUUUUUUUUAUUUUAUUUUUGCCAUAUUCACUUUCUACUUCGAUCACUUUGUGCUCCGACAUCGAUAUGCUUCCACCUCUUCCAGACCUAGCAGACUAUGGCAUAUCGCCUGUCCACGGCUUUCUCCCAGAUGAAGAACCUCUUGAGAUGCUGUCUAACCCGUACUACAUCAAAUGGGAAGCAAUAGUUUCCAAGUUGCAGCCACUUCUGCUGAGCAGGAGGUUGCAUGAGGUUAUUGAUAGUCUCCCUGUGCUCUCUGCGAGACAUCUUCAUACCGAAAGAGAGUGGCGACGGGCGUAUGUCGUUUUGGUGUUCAUGCUACAUGGCUAUGUAUGGGGUGGCAAUCAACCACAAGAGGUAGGCUUCACACCGCCCAUGAGAUGCAUGAUUUCCUAACAAGUGAACAGAGAAUCCCUCCCCAGAUCACUGUUCCUCUGUUCCAAGUCUGUGAACACUUGGAUAUACCACCUGUCGCCACAUAUGCGGCUGUCUGUCUUUGGAACUACAAGCCCAUCUUUCCUGAUGAACCAACCGAUAAUCUGAGCAACCUAGCCUGCAUCAAUACCUUUACUGGAUCUAUGGAUGAACAGUGGUUUUACCUGGUUUCAGUGGCCAUUGAAGCUCAGGGAGCCCCGUCUAUUCCCCUCAUGUUGCAAGCUAUUUCUGCUGCACGUUCUGGAGACAGCAGGGUGGUAACUGAAUGCCUGCAGCAUUUUGCAGAGAUCCUAGAUAAAGUGGGGGCAGUCCUGCAGAAGAUGUAUGAGCAUUGUGAUCCCCACAUAUUCUAUCACAGAAUCCGCCCUUAUCUAGCUGGUAGCAAGAAUAUGGGCGAUGCUGGAUUACCUCGGGGUGUGAUGUAUGAUGACGGAGCUGGCCAGGAAUAUCGGCAAUACAGCGGUGGAAGCAAUGCGCAGAGCUCGCUCAUUCAAUUCUUUGACAUCGUCCUUGGCAUCGAACAUCGACCGACUGGAGUGGGACGCAAUGACGGCACUUCGGGAGCCGCGUCGAAGUCUGGCCACGGUUUCAUUCGUGAGAUGCGAGACUAUAUGCCGGGCUCUCAUCGCCGAUUUCUGGAGCAUGUUGACAGGGUAGCUAAUAUCCGGGAGUUUGUCGAGAGUCGAAAGUCUGACAAGGCACUUUCAUGUGCAUACGAUGCCUGUCUUGCCAUGCUCCGAGCCCUGCGCGAUAAACACAUCCAGAUGGUAUCGCGGUACAUCAUUGUCAAAUCCAGGGAAGCACGUAUCAACUCUCCCACAGGCACUCAGCAUGGCCCAGCUGCAUUGAACCUGGCCAUUGUGCGCCAGGACAAGCCCUCUAAUAAUAAGAAGCUCCGAGGAACCGGCGGGACGGCACUGAUUCCAUUCCUGAAGCAAGCGCGCGAUGAGACGGAAGAGCCAGCCAUCAACGCCUGGGCUCACCGGUUACUUAGAGAUGGACCGGCGGAGCCACGGUCUGCUACGCUGAGCAAGGUGGGAGAGCAUGCGGACGGCCACCUGGAAGUGGUUGGGCUGGCAGGGACAUGGAGCGCAGAUCAAACUGAGGGUGGCAUCUGCCAUUGGUAGUUGCAGAGUGUACGAUAAUAAUAGGUCCGAUGGACUUAACCUCGGGCCUCGAUUGUUCUCUGUUGGGGUUGGGCGUUUAGAUUCUCCUACUCCAUACCUUUAUGACGCAAGCGCAUUGUACAUAGCAAGGGGACGAUCUACCCCCGGAUUUGCAGAACGAAGUCAUGAUUAUGGUGGCGUCUUGAUGUCUACAUGAGUGUCCAAAAGCAAUGAAAGUGACGCAACGACAACGUCGUAUAGAUUCACGCAAGCAGUGUAUUGACUCGGCAGGGCAGCAUCUUUUGGAGUCUGUACCAGAGAUAAGGCUUUCACGUGACUCAUUGACAUAAUGAUCUUCGGAGAUUGUGACGUCAUCUUCCAGUUGCCGUGCCUUGGACACGGCAAGGAUGUACCAGAUUCAGCAGAGAAAGAAUGGAAGAGUGCAUCAUCGCGAUGAUGUGAGAGGAAGACGUUGGGAUAAGUAUAU